UAACAUAAAGCAGAAAAAUUGCCGACGGACGCUUGUUUAUUUGUUUAAAAAAGUAAAUUUACCUAAUUACAAUUAGCAUAUUUGUUGUUACAACAGAUAAGUGGGACAUAAUUGCAAGACAAAAAUGGCCGACGCCGAUGAUGGAGCUGAGUUGCUGUUUUUUGACACGUUCUCGCACGAAGAAGUCACCGACAUCAACUUGGACCUGGUUCAGUUUCCAAAGCCCGUGUUUAUAACGCAAGUGCGCAUUAUACCGCUGGGUGCCCGGGUACAAGCGGACUUUCCGGGCGGUGUUCGUCUGGGCGCCACGAAUCCCUCAAAAUUCGAUCUGGAGUUCUUUGUGAACGAUUUGGGCAUGCCGGGUGCCUCGGCAUUUGAGAACUUGGGACUCUUACGCUACAAUCAGAAUGAUUGUAUUCAUCUUGACUGCUCACAGGAGAAGAUUCCAACGGAUGGACUCGUCCUGCGUGGCUGGUAUAGUGCAAUUACCCUUGCUAUCUACGGCAUACUCACUAACUCGGUAACGGAACCCAUAGCGAGUCCCACGCUGCCUUGCGAGCCAGCUAUGAUUGGGCCGGAGAUUUGCAAUCUAAGCGGAGAUGCUCACAAUGUAAUCAUUCCCGAAGAGGUACUAAAAGAGGAUUGGUCGGAGCCCAUACCGAGUGAACUAUUGGUGACUACGGCACACAAAGCCAAUGUCAGUGUUAGUGACUAUGAGCAUGAUGACAUCGAAUACGGCAUAUCGCGAGAUCAUUAUCAUCAACAUGCGGAUGAGGAGCAACGUGAAUUGCGCCGCCUGCGAAGAUCCACGCAUUCGACGGAUCAUUCGCCGCCUCCAAUACGAACCCAUUCGCAUUCCGAGAGCAACGAUAGGGAAUACCUGCGAUGCUCUCGUGACAAGGCGCCACGUGAUUGGUCUCGUUCACCAGAGUAUUCGAGCCAUCGUUCACGUCGCAAGCGCUCGGAGCGGUCACGCUCUGAUGCUGAUGAGCACAAGUGGCCACGUACUCCGCCCGUUUCAAUUGAUUCUCCCACGCGACCGCGUUCUCCAGACACCAUGGACUAUGACGAUGAUGAUACCCGCUCUCACUACAAGCUGCAGAGUUCGCAUACCUAUCGACACUCGUCGGAAUCUUUGCCACGCGAGCGCGAGGAGGAAGAACGUGAGCGGGAACGAGAAAGAUCAGAUACACCGCAAGAGCAAUUUGAGCCGAUUCUGAGUGAUGAUGAGAUUAUUGGCGAUGAUUUGGAAGAUGAAGACGAUGGUGUGGAUGCAGCGGCUGCGGCAGAGUAUGAACGGGAACUGGAGGCAGCCGCAGCAGCUGCACCGCCAGCCAUAGACGCCUUUGAGCCAUGGCAACGUCCGUUGUUGGUCUACAAAGGCGACUUGCAGGCACACUUUAGCAAGGAGCUGGACACAUUGCGUCUGCUCUUCAAGAAGCUGUCACUGCAGAUACGCUGGGACAAUGUGAACGCAUUCAAUGAGGAACAUGGCGGUGUCACUGUCGAUGAACGCGAGCAGUUUGUCUACCUGGGGGAGCAGCUAAACAAUCAACUGGGCUACUUGACACAGCACUACAAGCGUCGCAAUUUCGUGCUGCAACAGUUCUUCAAAAAUGACGAAUCCCAUUUGCGUCAGGCUGCAAAUAUUCUACAGAUUGCGCUGAGCUUCCAGGCAGCUUGUAUGCAACCACAACCAGCUUUCAAGAUUCGUCACAUCAAGCUGGGAGCACGCAUGGCCGAGCUGCUUUGCAGCUAUGAGCAACUGUUCCAGCAUCUGCUGCAGCACCACAACUUUGAUGCAUUCGAAGCGAUCUUCAGUCUCUAUCAGGAGCCUUACAUGGCGCUAUCGAUUAAAUUGCAGCUCCUUAAGGCUGUCUACUCCAUGCUGGAUACACAAACAGGCAUUAAACACUUUCUGGCAGCUAAAACCAAUGGCUAUCAACUGAUUGUCGAGUCCAUUAAGACGGCCAAGUUGACACGAACUAAAUAUGCUCUCCAGGCCAUCAUCAAGAAACUGCAUCUCUACGAGGCUUUGGAAAGUGUGCGGAAAAGUUGCACGCAGCUUUUCAUACGGAAAAUGGAACGACAACCCCAAGAGGUUUAUCAGCAAAUUGAAUUCGCCUUUGAGAUGCUUAUGGAUGCCUUGUUGGCCAAUCAGUUAAGUUUUCAGCAGCCACGUCGCUUUCUGCCCGUCUCCAAGAAAUUCGAAUUGGUCACUGAUCCAAAUGCACAGCGAAGCUUUGGAAAUGCCCUACAAUCUUACUUUACCCAGCACUCUCUGGCCGAAUCCCUGCUGUUGAUUCUAAGCAAUUCCAAGGAGCUGCCAGCCACAACAUUCCUGUGCACUUUGGAUCUAAUGCAUGCGCUGCUCAAAUCCCAUGUGGGCAUUGAUUACUUUGUGGACGAUGCAUUUGAAGUGACGCAACUAAUUGUUGCCAUACUUCUUGGACUGGAUGAGGUGCCCAAGGAGCCCAAAGUUGAGUUAGUCAAAGAGGAAGCACCGGAAGUUAAAUCGGAGCAAGCAGAUAAACCCAUGGACACGUCAGAGAGUUUGGAAAAGGAAACGGAAGUCAAAUUAGAAGCCAAUGCAGCUCCAACUGUGGCAAUUGAUGUUGCAGUGCAAACGGAGCCCACAGCCGUGGUUCUGGGCAAGGUAUUUCAACAGAUUGGCCCUAUUCUUCGUCCCGUGUUGCCACGUUUGGCGCGAUUGGGAAUUGAGUUGGCCUACAAGGUGCAGACACGUUAUCACCUGGAUGCAAUUGUGUUUACGGCCGCAGCACCCGAAUAUGAUACCAUCAAACUGGCCACGCACAUGCAUUCCAUCUAUUCGCAGACCUGCGAUCCGGCUGGACGUCAGCACACCAUUGAGGUGCUAGGAUUAAACAAUAAUCUAAAGAUAUUCAUGGACCUUAUCAAGAAAGAGCAGCGUCUGCAGUCACAGCGUCAAUUGAGCUCACCGGGCACCAAAUACAAGAGCCCAGUGCUUAGUUACGCCGUCGACAUGGUCGAUGCAUGUGUGCGCUACUGUGAGCAGCUGGAUUACCUCAUCGAGCAUGGCGCUGUCAUCCUGGAGCUGGCCAAGAAUCACGAGACCUUUGAGCCCUCUGUGUCCGCCGUGCUGCAGGAGAUGUAUGUGUAUAUGAAGCCAUUGGAGGCUAUCAAUGUAUUUAUCUACGAUGAUAUCAUGCCUCUGGUGGAGGUAAUUGGACGUUCCCUAGACUAUCUGACCACAUUUCCGGGUGAUUUGAUUAUGGCAUUGCGUAUAUUACGUUUCCUGGUCACCACCAAAUCAACUCCACCGCCAGGCAUCAAGCCAUCCAAGCGAUUGGGCACCGAAGAACUCAAACAUCGUUUUGUUGCCCUUCAACUGUAUGCAGCGGAUGGCGUCCAGCUGCUGAUCCAAAUCAUGGAACGACUCUGCACAUAUUUCGAGCAGCCGGGAAUGCAUGCGCCCGCCUUGAUGACCAUACAGGGUGUCCACUGUUGUCAGAUUAUGUUGCCCACGCUCCAAAUUCUACGCGAACUCCUCUCCUAUGCCAUACUGUGCCGCGAUGGCACCUUCAAGGAUCUGACGGCCAUUGAUCAUCUGGUUAAGGUCUAUUUUCUGCUCUACUAUUAUCCCACACGCUGUCAGGCGGGCGCUGAGGUGGAACAGUGCAAGCUGGAGGUGGUGCAGACACUUCUGGCCUACACACAGCCCCACGAACAGGACGAGGAGUCGCUGCACAAGUCGCUCUGGACCCAAAUGAUACGCGAGGUGUUGAAGAACAUCGAUGGACCAGCCAACUUUAUUCCCGGUCUCAAGUUAUUGGCGGAACUGUUGCCACUGCCGUUGCCCAUGCCACAACCACUGUGCGAUCAGCUGAAGCAACAGCACAAGCAGCGUCUGAUCACCGAGCGUAAACUUUGGUCCGCCCACCUGCAUCCACAGAGCGGACAAAUUGCCAAGCUGGUGGAGGCAUUAGCUCCUUCGAGUUUUCCACAGCUCUCGGAGCUGUUGCAGCGGGUUUGCAUGCAACUUUCGGAUCUGGCGCCCAACAUGACAUUGCUGAUUGCCAAGACGAUCAUGGAACUGCUGUGCAAUGAGUAUCAAAGCGCCAAUUGCAUGCCCACCACCAAUUUGGAGCGUCUGCUUCGUUUCUCCACGCGUCUCUGUGCAUUUGCUCCGCUCAAGAGCUCCAUGUUGUCCAUUCUGUCGGGCAAGUUCUGGGAACUGUUUCAAUCUCUUUUGUCCCUCAAUGAGUUCAAUGAUGUUGUCUCUAAUUGCCAGGAGGCAGUGCAUCGCAUACUCGACAGUUUUCUUGAUUCAGGCAUCUCUUUAAUUUCCCAUAAAUCGACGGCACAGCCAGCACUCAAUCUGUCGGCCGCAUUGCCACCCAAGGAGCUAAUCCCUCGCGUCAUCGAUGCCGUCUUUAGUAAUCUGGCCAGCGUGGAGGUGACACACGGAAUAUCCAUUUUGGCAGUGCGUAAUCUGGUCAUUCUCACAGAGCAUGACUUCACAUUUUAUCACCUGGCUCAGCUGCUGAAGCAGAAGAUUAGCGAGUUUCAGGCCUGGAUGGAGCGUGUUAUACUUCACAAUGAGACGGUGGAGUAUAAUGCCAACAUUGAAUCCUUGAUUCUACUGUUGCGUUCUCUCACACAAAUUGAGCCACCGCCAACGAUGUCCGCCAUGCCACAGCGCACACUUAAACUGGGCGCCACUGAGCUCGCCCAGCUGCUGGAGUUCCAGGAUGUGGAGCUGGACAAGCCGCCAGUUUUGCAGCGCAUUCUCAAAGUGCUGGACAAGCACAAGGCGGUGGCCAAUGAGGCAGCGCUUUGUGACUUAAAGCAACUCGUUGCACUGCAUUCAUCAAAGGAUCAGGAGACGCCUGCAGGGGCAACACCGCCAACAGAAGCGACCAUCGAAGGUGAAGCAAAUGCCAGUGGAGGCAACAAUGCCGGAGUGACGAGUCCCCUCAAUGUGGAGCCGUAUCUGCCACAAGCCGAGGGCAUUGUUACCCAAUACGAGGCACGACCCAUUUUCACCCGCUUCUGUGCGACGGCAGAGAAUGCACAGCUGACGGCACGUUACUGGCUGGAACCGUUGCCCAUUGAGGUUAUCGAGGACAUGAAUGAACCACUUUAUGAGCGCAUUGCCUGCGAUUUGACAGACUUGGCCAAUGUGUGUCUGAAUCCCGAUUUAAAUCUCACCGGGGAUUGCAAACGCGUGCUCCAUUUAUCUGGAUCGCCUCAGUCCAAUCGCGAGAUGACACCCACUGCUCCCUGUUUCCGUACUCGCCGCGUUGAGGUGGAGCCGGCAACUGGGCGACCCGAGAAGAAAAUGUUUGUGUCCGCAGUGCGUGGUCGUGGAUUUGCCAGACCGCCUCCUUCGCGGGGCGAUUUGUUCCGUUCCAGACCGCCAAACACAUCGCGGCCGCCUUCACUGCAUGUGGAUGACUUCCUGGCGUUGGAGACAUGUGGAGCACAACCCACAGGUCCAACUGGCUACAACAAAAUACCCUCAAUGCUGCGUGGAUCGCGUGUGGGUCGCAAUCGCGGCUCCCGCAUCUCAGCCGCAGCUGCUUACAGGCAAAAGAAGCUGAUGCGCAUUGGAUCACCCUCCAGCUGGUCAGAGUCGACUGGCACUCCAUAUCGCUCCAGUAAUGCCGAGUCGCACUUUGGCAACAGUGAAUCCCAUUACACAUCGCCCCAUUACAGUGGACGACCGCGUGGACGUGGACUGCGCUCAAGACCGCCCUAUUUACGUUAAGGAUUUGCAUUUAAAAAUGUAUUGUGUAUAUUACAAUUUAUACAAUUUGUAUGUAUUCGUAAAUAAAUUUAAGAAUUCUCUGUAACAACAAAUUGCAAGCGCACAUCGUGCUCAUCCAUGGGCAGCUCCUCGGUGGGAACGAUCUGUUCGUUGAGUGCCAGCGCCAUAAUGGUGAUCUUCUUAUGUGGAUACUUCUCCGCAUGCUGAGUCAAGUAUUUGUCAUAGUAACCCAUGCCGUGUCCCAUGCGAUUGCCGCUUCGUGUGAAUGCCACGCCGGGCAC